UGCAACUCUAAUUCUAGCCACAAUUUCCUCAUUCAAGAGCGCGCAUGCCAAAUUUUGGUCUCAAGUAUUUCAUUUUGCAGCAGAGAGUUAUCCACUUGUAUCGUCAUGCUAUAAGAGCGUCCAAAUAUAUACCUGACCCACGGGCAAGGUCCGAGACCAUUGCCUGGUUUCGCAGCGAAAUCGAGCGCAAUAAAUGGCUGACGGACGUGGCUGUCAUAGAACAAAAAAUUACCAUGGCUCGUCGAGAGAUUCGGCAAAUACUUCCAACAUCACAGCUUCAGGCACUAUAGGCAAUAUCGUCACAAGAGCACUGUUGCGAUGGCAAGGCUCCUAAUUUUUUCAAAGACCGGAGGUUUCUUCGUUGCAAGUUGCAGGAUCAUGCACACAGGAUGAUGAUUCCGAGUCCAGUCAGGACAAGAAAGAUCAGAUACGAACUGUCCACAUUC